CGGUGAGGUGGAGUUUAAAUAUGUUAACACAGCUUAAUAAAUAGCGGAUGGCCUUAUUAAGCCAUUAUCUAGGGAUUUUUUUAUACGUUUUAGGGAUACGUUAGGACUUUGCUUAUAAAGCGAGUGGGAGUUUUGGAUUUAUGCCUUAAUCUUAAAGUCUAUCACGUAUAUAGGGUAGCUGUAGGGUAUGCUCAUAUUCCCCUUUCCUUCCUUUUCUCACAAAGUUCACCUAUCAAUAUGGCUUCCCUAAAUCUACUCACACUAUUACACGAACCGCCAACCGAUCCUGAAUCUUCAGGGCUUGAAAUAGGACGAUAUCUACAACAGUUCCAAGAUCUAAUGAUAGAUGGAAAUGCACCAUACGUACACCCUCGAGCAAUUUCUUUCCACAGUGAUCAGGAUCGAGCAAAUUGGGUGGGAUACAUGCCUGACCCUGAAACUCAAGACCUGUUCAGUAAUUUUUGCCUGCGAACCCAAGUAUGGAAAACGAACCUGGAUCGGCCUAUUCAGCACACCAAACGGAUCGAUUAUAGGAGAUCAGUGGAAGGAUAGGGCCUGGCACGUGUAUGUCAUAAUAAUAGUCAGCGGGGCAACACCUGAACAAAAGGGAAAGAAGAUCCUGAUCUGGGACUGUGACCCUGUAGAGGCAGCUUCAGAACACACCAGAUGGCACACGAUUCUAUGGGGUAAACAGCGCUCCUUCGUCGAAUACCUACGGAACAAAAGAGGCAUGAAGACUGCCGAAAUCCGGUACAACACCGACGCUACGAAUAGUGGGAGAAACGAGUGCCUAAUCCUAUCUCUACAAAAAGUCUGGGAAUUGGUCCAGAUAAGGGAUUCAAGAUAUUAAGGACCAGACGAUCCCCGGUUCAAAGAUUACAUCAAGCUUAAAAGCUAAAUAAAAAAUCACACCCUAUAAAAGAAAAAUAAUGGAAGCUUCUAACAUAUUACCACUAGGUAUGGUUCAAGUAGAAAUGUUAGAAUAUUUAGGUAACUAGUAUAGGGUGGCUGGUAACAUCUGCCUUACAUUUGUGGCAUAUAUAUACUAUCUAUAUCUCCAGUAG